UGUUAUCAUGACCUCCGAAAAAUAAAAAAACUUUCUUCGCUCCCAGAAACCCCAAAUAUGCGAAUUAGCUAUUCUUGGUGUCCAAUUUAAGCUCCGGUUCCUGCUUUUCUCUUUGGUUCUUCCAGUUUGGUAAGAAUCCUGUGUCCCUCUCCGUUUUUCUUUGUCUUGUUCUUAGCGAUCUCUAUGGAUUCAAUCAAUUUCUUGUCAAGAUUUCUAUCUGGGUUAUGAUUUCCGGAUUCGAUUUCUGGGGUUUUUGUGGGUUUCUGUAGAAAUUUCGAAAUUAGGGUUGUUUCGACCAUCUGGUUUAGUAAUUGGAUGGUCGUUAAUUGUACAAGGUAUGGAUAUAUUCUUGUGAUCGUUGCAGGUUUUUUUUUUUUUUUUUUCAUUUUCUUUUAAUUAGGGGUUUGAACAUUGUUUCAAUUUUAACCUGAAACCAAAAGGAAGGUUGAAAUUGAAAAUAAAUAGGAAGAAUGUCGUCUGCUGGUGUUGCAAUUGCUCCUGUUGUUAGUGACACCCUUUUGUCCCCGGAUUAUUGGAAUUCAUAUUCUGGGUCUUUCCCUGAUGAAUCUAUUUUGCUGUAUCUUUCCUUUUCGGGAUCUAUUAUGCCAAUGCGGGUUUUGGAGUCCGAUUCUAUUGAGUCUCUGAAACUGCAAAUUCAGAACUUUAAAGGGUUUGUGGUGAGGAACCAAAAGCUUAUUUGUGCGGGACGAGUAUUAGCCAGAAGUGACUCCCUUGUUCGCGAGUAUGGGGUCACCGAUGGGAAUGUCCUACAUUUGGUUCUUAAGCUCUCCGAUCUUUUGGUUAUUAAAGUUAAGACUACAUCUGGGAAAGAAUUUACAUUCCAUGUGGAGCGUGGUAGGGAUGUUGGUUAUGUUAAGCAGCAGAUCGCAGAGAAGGAAAAGGGAAUGGUUGAUCUUGAUGAGCAGGAAGUUGUUUGUGACGGAGAGCAGCUUGAGGACCAGAAGCUUAUCGAUGAUAUUGUGAAAGAGAAUGAUGCAGUGAUACAUUUGUUGGUAAGAAAAACUGUGAAAGUUCGGGCUAGGCCUGUUGAGAAGAAAGUUGAACUGUCUAUUGUGGCUCCCCAAUCAAAUAAAAGCAAAGACAACAGUGCUGAUGGAGAGAAGAGUAGUAGACAGUAUGAUGUUGGUGAAGGAAAUUGUAGGAGAGGAUAUGAAUUUGAUGGAGAGAUUGUGCCGAGAAAGCCGCCUGAUAGGGAUUUUAUGUUGGAGCCAAUCAUAAUCAAUCCCAAGAUCGAAUUGCCUUCAUUCAUUUGGGAUAUGAUUGAUGCUACCUCUGAUGGAUUAUACUGUGCGAACUCUCCAAUCAGGUCCAUGGAAGGUACAGGAGGAGCUUACUUCAUGCAGGAUUCAUUAGGUCAAAAGUUUGUUUCUGUUUUUAAGCCAAUCGACGAGGAACCCAAUGCCAUGAACAAUCCUCGUGGGUUGCCUUUAUCUCAAAGUAGCGAAGGGUUAAAGAAGGGCACAAGAGUGGGGGAAGGAGCUUUGAGGGAAGUUGCAGCUUAUGUUUUGGAUCAUCCAAGGAGUGGAUGCCGCUCAUUCUUUGGUGAGAAGGGUUUUGCUGGUGUCCCUCCCACUAUUAUGGUCGAGUGUUUGCAUAAAGGAUUCAACCAUCCAGGAGAUUUGAAAGUUAAGAUUGGGUCGUUGCAGAUGUUCAUGGAGAAUAGCGGGAGUUGUGAGGAUAUGGGUCCUGGUGCUUUCCCAGUGCAGGAAGUGCACAAGAUUUCUGUAUUGGAUAUAAGAUUGGCUAAUGCAGAUAGGCAUGCUGGGAAUAUUUUAUUGGGAAAAGACGAAGAUGGCAAUAUGAAGCUGAUUCCAAUUGAUCAUGGUUACUGCUUGCCUGAAAGUUUUGAAGACUGCACAUUUGAUUGGCUAUAUUGGCCUCAAGCUCGGCAACCUUACUCCGAUGAGAUCGUUGACUACAUUAAAUCAUUGGACGCCGAGGAAGAUAUUGCUCUGCUGAAGUUCCAUGGAUGGAACAUUCCCCUUGAAAGUGCCCGUACACUUCGAAUCUCCACCAUGCUGCUGAAGAAGGGGGCAAAAAGAGGGCUCACUCCAUUUGCCAUUGGAAGCAUAAUGUGCAGACAGAACGUGAACAAGGAAUCUGUGAUCGAGGAGAUUGUUCACGAAGCGCUAGAAUCAAUGCUUCCCGGCACAAGUGAAGCUUGUUUCCUGGAAACUGUAUCUCAAAUCAUGGAUCAUCACCUUGAUGAGAUUGGUGGAGGGUUAUCUUAACAGAAGUAUUGCAUAAAAGUUUGGUAUAUAGUUGUGCAUAUGUACAUGCACCAUCUUUAUUCCUCAGACUGUUUAUAUAAGGUUGGUUUGAAGACGAAAAUUUCCUUCAAUUCUUUCAAAAUCUCGUGUGUUUUUUUUAUGACAAUGGUUCCAUUGUUUUCUUAGUUGACAAUUGUGUCUGUUCUGGUUAGGACAAAAUGAAUAAAUAUGUGACUUGUGAAUCCCAGUUGCUGGGCCUGUU